AUGGGCAACAAAGUCUCCGCUGUGAACGGCGUCAAGUCAGAGCAUUUCUACGACCAAGGCAACGCCGUCAACGAGAUCUGGGUGGGCGACGUUGAAGUCAUCUCACGUCUACCCUUUGGCGAUUCCGACCUCGAGCAAGCCGGCUGGCCUGCGGGAGACUUCCCCAAGAUCCCCUGGCAUCAUUUCAUCAUCCCCUUGCACAAGCGAGACGAAGCGAGCAAUAUGACUGCCGAACUUCCCAAGAAUGGAACUUGUGGUGUUUGUCAGGACUGGCUACCAAAGCAUGGAUACCUAGGCAUUUACACGAGCAUCUCGUCAACUACGGCGUAUUUCAUCGGGGCUUUGUUCAUUUUCCUCGCUGGCGGCAUGUAUAUCUCUUUUAUGUCCAGGCUCAUCGGUACUUUCUUGAACUGGCAAUGGCUACGGGAGGAAUCACAUCUCUACCCGGAUCCGGCCGCGAUCAGGCGUAUGGCAAAGCAUAAUCUUUGGAUUGGCCUCGUCGAAUCAUUCAUGGUGUUUGCUCUCUCUGUUCUCUGCAUGGUGCUGGGCGUGCCUGCUCUCGCUGCUGGCACAAGGACAAUAGAUGCUACCACAUUCAUUUUGUUAAAUGGGCUUGGGGGCGGUAUUACUGUUAUAGUUUCAGGCCUCGUCUUCCUCCCCUUAUUCAUGCUGUGGUGGACGAAAAAGCCACGUCCUGCGAAGAGCGACCCUUCGUGA